AGCGCGGUGCGCCUCAGCGUGCGCGUCGAGGUCGCUAUGGACCGUGUCCUGUGCUCACGGGCCGCGGGAGCGGUCCGGACUCUGCGGCUCGUGGGCUGGGCUUCGCGAAGCCUGCAUCCGCCGCCCCGUGGUCGGUCUCCAGCUCAGCCUGCAGCCAGGGAAGAGGAGGACGAGGACCCCAACCUCCCGAUCCAGUUUUCCGGCAGCAAAGCCACCCCGAUCCGCUGGACGGUGGAGCAUUCCCUGGGGAAGCCGCAGCAGCGGCCCUGGUGGAAAGUGCUGCCGCUCACCCUCACACUCGUGGCUCUGGUCGUGUGGUGCUACCAGAGGGAGGAGAGCGGCAUGGACCAGUGGUUGCGACGGGUGUUGGAGGAGGAGGAGAAGGAGGAGGAGGAGGAGGAGCCGGAAGGUCCUCCGGAGGAGCUUGAAGCUCCGGCCCUCUUCGGGGCUAGAACGUAGCAGGGUGCGUGCUGAGGAAGGGACUAGGCAGCCGUCCUUCUGUUUUGUCGUCGAAUUUGACGAUUUCUGAACUGGUUCUGCGCAUGUCCUCGUUGGUUAAAGGACUUGGAUGGUGCUCUUGGCCCUGAGACAGAAGAACACAGCACAAAGUUGGAGGCUCGAAAUCUGAUCUUUGCCGAACAUCCAAUGCCCAGUGAUUACGUCCAAAGAACUUUUGAGGUUCAUAGAAAAGGUUUUGGGUGCACCUUAUGCUGUUGAGUUGUGAUGUGUGCAUACAGCCUAAUCAUGUUUCCAGAGUUGUUCUGGUGGAGGUGUGCCCUGAAGUUCAUUCGCUUUCCGAGACAGACUAACUGCAGAAGUGUAAUAAGCUAUGGUGUGUGCAACAUCAGUUGAAGCUAUUUUAAAAACUAACAAAUGGAAAAUAUAUUUGGUAAAGUCUAAUGAACUCAAUUUUCUCACCUCCCCUUUCAUCAAGUAGGCUUUGGUUUGUUUGUUUGUUUGUUUGUUUUGAGACACAGUCUCCCUAGAUAGGUCUGGUUGGCCUAGAUCUGGGGCUUUGUAGACCAGCCUUGCCGCAGACUUAGAGAUCAGACUGUUUCUGCUACCAUCUUUUGUUUUUCUUCUUCUUUUCAUUCCCACUUGAGAACUCAAAACAAAAACUUGACAGAAGCGGUAGUGUAUGCCUGUCAUCUCAACACUUAUGAAACUGAGGCAGGAGAAUCCUAAGUUUGGGGUCUACUUGGGCUACAUAGGGAGGGCCUGUCUCAAAAAAACAAAACAAAAUCAUUUUUCAAUAACAUAGUGGCUUUUUGUUUCUGUCUUUUCACAGUGUUGGGGUUGAACUUAGGAGUCUGUUGUGCUAGCCUACCAAUGAGGUCUGUUUCUAGCUCACAUAGAAUUGCCUUUGGGGGGGGGGGCAGGAGUCACAUUUCAUGUAGCAGUUUCGGUUUCUCGGUGUUGCCAGACUGAUAACUUCUCUGAAGGGAUGUGGGCAGUUGAACUCAUGAGCAGAAUAACUGGGGACACUUACUACAUAUCUUUCUUGUUUUCUUUCUUUCUUUCUUUCUUUCUUUCUUUCUUUCUUUCUUUCUUUCUUUCUUUCUUUC